GGCCAGCUUUCUCGGCUUAUUGUCUCCUUGUCCAAGGAGCACUUCUCGUACCUUCCAAUUGAUCCUCCCAAGGACAUUCUAUCCAAACUUCCAUCGGAACUACCAUCGUUCCUUGAUAACACCCCGGCAUCGUGCGAGCUUCGUUCAGCAUAUGUCCAGCAUGUCAUUUCUAAGACCUUGACCUACCGCAUCUUCCAUCCUUUCCUGUUCACCCUGGGGCGCCGGUUCGAUAAGGCCGAUACCUUCUUCCAGAUGCUGUCGAUGGAUAUCCGCCGCAAGUCCGUAAGACGGGAAGCGUUCUGGAGACAGCAGACGCUGAAGGCCGCGUACACGACUUCGGACGCUAAGCAAUCGAUCAACGUGGUGGCCGCCGUCAUUGUUGAUGAAAUCAUCGACCAGCUGAAGCACUUUGCCGACCCAAGGAACCUGGAUGCUCUCCUCAUCGCGGUCCGCAAGAUUGUCAAGCUUGCAGCUGAGACCUGGCGACUUGCGCGCGUGGAACGUGAGCUGAUUCUGGCCUCGCUGCCGUCGCCCGACGCCGAUGCCGUCUCCAAUGAUGACUGGGAAGAGUACGGCACGCCCAAGGAGGGCAGCCUUAGCUCCAAGGAGGACCCCACUCGCCAUGUUAUCCUGCGCACCUUCCCUCGGAUCACGCGCGAGGCAGCUCAUGAGGAUUUCGCGGGCGACGAAGAAAAGUACAACCCCUGCACGUACUCCCGUGGCUGUGUUCUGUACUCCGACUCCCCUGUGGUCAUGGCCCGUCUCCAAGAAUUGGCUAAGAAGUCAGAGGAUUCGCCUCGUCGUGAUUCAAGAGACUCGACCCGUUCCGAUGGGUCGCCCUCUCCCCGCCGGAGUCGGGACGGCAUGAGGACAUGAACGAGAGCUUCGAGUAGUGCGAUGUGAGUGGCUAUGUCGACCAGGAUACUGUUUUAAUAACCGGCUUGUUUCAAAUACUUUUGAUCUUUCCCCAUUUUGUCUUAUCUUGCCGGCCCGACCCUCGCGGGGCUGCGGGGCCUCAACAAUCCUUCUGGUUUCCUAUGUCUUCCAACGUUUUUGAUCAUGACCGAGACGAUUUUUUUUUAUGAGAGGGUCCCUACACCCGUUCCUUUCUCUAACCAGUGUAUUUUUUCCGACACAUUUUAUUUUCUUCUUCUCGAAGCUAUCAUGUUAUUUCGGGGUUACGCCUUUUUUGUGUGUGUGUUAUGUUUUCAUCUUGCGUGUUUUAGCGAGCAUUUGAUCUUUCGAUGUGUAACAAACAAACAAUCAAUGUAUGUGGAACUACUACUAUAUUUAUCUAUUACCGGACCUGGAAGCCCCUCACAGCACCUGCACAGCAUGUACUUAUUGGAUACGAUGGACGAGUUGAUGAGAAGAUGCGCAAGAGACUGGGGAUGAUCUGCGACUCCAGCGCGAGAUGAUGAGAAAAUGAAUGAAUCAAUCUGAUGAAAAUUGAAUUCUGAUUGUUUGCAAC